GCUUCCACCACUCAUUGGACCUUCACCGGGCCUCUUGCACGGCAACGGUUACCGCCGCCAGCGCAUGCGAAGCAGGAUUCGGCUGAGGAGAAAGCCUCGGGCAAGGAGGAUCUUCCCCAGCAACUGGGCCGCGCGCUGAGCGGUGCCGCCCAGAGCGUAGGCGAGUCCGCAGCAAGGGCGGUGAAGAGCAGGGUCGAAGAAGCCAAGGAGUCACUGCAGGCUGAGAUUGGCGCCCUGCCGAAGAAGAUCAGCAGCGCAGCGCAGGAGGCUGUGGAGGAGCAGAAGCAGAAAGUGAGCUCGGAGAUCGCGGCGAUCCCCAGCAAGCUCACCAGCGCUGCGCAAGAGGCGGUGGACCAGCAAAAGCAGAAGAUCGCGGCGAUCCCCAGCAAGCUCACCAGCGCUGCGCAAGAGGCGGUGGACCAGCAAAAGCAGAAGGUGGCCGCUGAGGUCGAUGCUGCCGUCGAGCGAGCCAAGCAGAUGCCCAAGGAGGUGGCCGAGAAAGCGGCCAAGAGGAUCCAGCAGCUGCCACAGGCGCGACCCCGCAACGUGUGA